AAAUUUUUCAUUUUAUUUCGCAUAACCUCUGUGUCGAAGGUCGGUUGUCGAGUGUAUCACUUUUAUCCACAUUAUUUUUCAAUUGCUCCCGCAAAUAAUUUAACGGUAUUAAAAAUGUUCAAGCAAGUUAGCAAACAAUUAGCUUUCCAAGCUACCAGGAACUUCUCCACCAGCAAACAAAGCAACUUCAAAGUAACUGUUUGCGGUGCUAAUGGCGGCAUUGGACAACCCCUGUCCCUGCUCUUGAAGCUGAACCCAUUGGUCACGCAAUUGAAUUUGUACGAUAUUGUGGGAACACCCGGUGUAGCUGCUGAUCUCUCACACAUUGACACUUCCAGCACAACACAAGGUUUCAAGGGACCCGAGGAAUUGGGAGCUGCCUUGAAAGGAGCCGAUGUUGUUGUUGUCUCCGCUGGUGUUCCUCGUAAACCAGGAAUGGACAGAGAUGACUUGUUCAACAUGAACGCUGGUAUUGUCAGGGAUAUUGCUGAUGCCGUUUCCAAAAACUGCCCAAAAGCUCUACUCGCCAUCAUCACCAACCCAGUGAACACCGUUGUUCCAAUUGCUGCCGAAGUUCUUAAGAAGAACGGCACAUACGAUCCAAAACGUCUUUUUGGCAUCACCACAUUGGAUGUUGUUCGUUCACGAGCAUUUAUUGGUCACGGAAACAACGUUGACCCACAAUCAGUAGAAAUCCCUGUCAUCGGAGGUCAUUCUGGUGUGACAAUCAUUCCAGUUCUGUCCCAGAGCCAGCCUAAAUACUCCAAAGAAAUCGAACCUCUUACUAAGAGAAUCCAAGAUGCCGGUACUGAGGUUGUCAAAGCUAAGGCCGGAGCUGGUUCCGCUACACUUUCAAUGGCUUACGCUGGAGCUCGCCUUGCCAAUUCCUUGUUGAGGGGAUUGAAUGGCGAACGUAAUGUCAUUGAAUGCUCGUACGUUGAAUCAACUGUCACAGAGGCACGCUUCUUCUCUACACCAGUUGUUUUGGGCAAGAACGGACUCGAGGAAAACCUUGGCUUGCCAAAAUUGAAUGAUUACGAAAAGAAACUUUUGGUUGAAGCUUUGCCUGAGCUCCAAAAGAACAUCAAGAAGGGUGUUGAUUUUGUUGCCAAGUCUUAAAGCGUUGUUGCAGUUUAACGGUAGUGUCAUGUUUCUUUUGUUAUUCUCUUGUCUGGUUUUGACUUGAAAAUUAAAGUCACAGAAAAAAUUAAAACGAAAAUAAAAGUGGAUAAGCGAAAAUAAAAA